UAAUACAAAUAAAGAAAUAAUUAGAAGCUAAAUGCAGUCUAUUAAAGAUAUCCUAGAAAAUGCCCAUUUUCUUUCGAAAUAGUUAAAAAAACAGUUGUCGCAUAAUCAGUGACGCCAGAUUUGAGACGCAAGCAAUAAGCAGCAUGAGGGAGGGAAUAUGCGUCUCAAAUCUGGCAGCACUGUGCAAAACUCGAUCUUCCACACAUGCGUGAAAAACUAAGGUUAAGAUUGAUUAAGGAUUAGGUUAAGAUUAUGUCAUGCAUUCGCACGCGGGAUAGAGAUGAUAUUUGUUAUGUGAAAAACAACAAACAUGUAUAUAUGUAGCUAUGCAAUAGCUAUAUGAACAAACAUAUUAAUUUGUCGAAGUUUUGUUUGUUUCUUAUUACGGUUCGAAUUUUCCCAAAUAGCAUCAAGCUAUGCAACGUUCAUUGAACAAUUGCCCUUUUGUGCAUGUGAAUUUUUUCUGUAAAAAAUUAUGUUAUAGCACAUCUACUGAAAUCAUAACAAAACUAUGUAAUAAUAAAAAAUUAUCAGAUUUUCCUGCGAUAUUCAAACCGAAGGAUGUGGAACGAGACUGGUAUAAUGUUUGGCAGAGUAAUAAGUAUUUUGCAGCUUCUAAUACAAGGACAAGGACAAGUAGUAACAAACAGAAGAUAAAAGAAAAAAAUGAGCCCUUUACUAUGGUUUUACCACCACCUAAUAUCACAGGAGUCUUACAUCUGGGUCAUGCACUUACCGCUACGAUUCAGGAUGUUCUUGCUAGAUGGCACAGAAUGAAGGGGCAUCCCGUGUUAUGGAUACCAGGUUUGGACCAUGCAGGGAUUGCAACACAAGCGGUAGUGGAACGUACUCUUCAGCAUACGCGAAAUAUCACGCGACAUGACAUAGGCCGCGCCGAGUUCACACAACUACUCUGGGAAUGGAAGAAGGAGAAAGCUAUGGUCAUCAAUCAACAACUGAAAACUCUUGGUGCCACACUCGACUGGGACAAAGAAUAUUUUACUAUUGAUCAAAAUCAUAGCACAGCGGUAAUGGAAACGUUUGUCCGGCUAAACGAGAGCAAUCUAUUAUACAGAGGCAAAGAUCUCGUCAACUGGUCGCCGGCGUUACGCAGCACCAUUUCGGAGAUUGAAGUUGAAGAUUUCGUGGUGAACGGCAAGACGCGGCUUCAAUUACCCGGCUACGACGUCAAGGUCACCGUUGGCCAACUGUUUAAGCUAGCUUAUCCUAUCAAAGAUUCGAAGGAAGAAUUGGUAGUUGCAACAACUAGGCCGGAGACAGUUUUUGGGGAUGUAGCAAUCACUGUGCAUCCAGAUGAUGAGAGAUAUUCGAGAUACAUCGGUCGACAUGUUUUUCAUCCCGUAAGGGAAACCUUUAUACCUGUUAUAGCUGAUUCCUCAGUCAAGAAGGAAUUUGGCACCGGUGCAAUGAAAAUCACACCAGCACACGAUCGCUUAGAUUACAACAUUGCUAAAAAACAUAACUUGCCAGUUAUCAAUGUUAUCGGCGAAGAUGGCAAUAUGACGGACAUGUGUAAAGAAUUCAAGGGGUUGCCAAGAUUUAUCACGCGAGAGAAACUGGUAAAUGAGCUGUCUACGCGAGGCUUGGUGAGAAGCGUGGAGGACAAUCAUCAAAUGAUUUUGCCACGAUGCUCACGCACGUACGACAUAGUCGAAUAUCUGCUGAAGGAACAGUGGUUCGUGCGGUGUACAGCAAUGGCCAAACGGGCACAUGAGGCCAUGAAGGAUGGCAAAUUGAGAAUCAAUCCGAGCGACGGCGACAUUCACGAACAAUUAUGGCACAACUGGCUUGAAAAUGCUAGGGAUUGGUGCGUAUCGAGGCAGUUGUGGUGGGGUCACCGCAUUCCGGCAUAUUUUAUUAAUCACGAUGUCGAUAAUAACGACGAUAGUGAUGGCAACGGUGAUGUUUCCUUCACCAGCAGUAAAUCCACUUCAUGGAUAGUUGCACGAUCUGAGGAAGAGGCGCGUUCUUGGGCGCAUGAGAGAUAUGGGGACACAGUGAAGAUACAUCAGGACCCCGAUGUUCUUGAUACAUGGUUUUCCUCAGCGAUUGUACCGUUUGCUACGCUAGGCUGGCCAAAACAGACAGAGGACAUGGCAAAACAUUAUCCAUUAACACUGAUGGAAACUGGCCAUGAUAUCCUUGGUUUUUGGGUUGCGAGGAUGGUGAUGCUGGGUCUAGAGUUGACACAUUGUUUGCCAUUCAAGGAGGUUCUUCUUCACGGUGUUUUGUGCGACGCUAAUGGCAAAAAAAUGUCUAAGAGUUCAGGCAAUGUCAUCUCACCGGAAAACAUUAUCAAUGGCUGUACUUUAGAAGAAUUGAAUGCACAAGCAAAGAGCAGUCACAGGGCAGGCAUUCUCAGCGAUGAAGAAUUACAACGAACGCUACGUGUGAAUAUGAAAUCCUUUCCCAUGGGAAUACCAGAUUGUGGCGCUGAUGCCUUGAGGCUGUCAUUAUGCGCUCGCAAUAUUACAAAUCGCACCAUCAGUUUUGAUGUCGAUGAUUGUCGAACGAGCAAAUAUCUGUGUAAUAAGAUCUGGCAGGCAAGCAAGUACGUAUUAUUAAUGACAAAGUGCAGCGAAGAGGACCAGCAACAACAAUACGAAAACGAUGAAAAAAAUCUGACCACUUUGGAUCGAUGGAUUCUGAGUCGAUUAUCAUGGAUGGUAGAAACAGUGAACGAUGCAUUCACGACACGAAACUUUCAUAAGGCGGUCGCCGCGAUUCGUCAGUUUCUACAUCAUGAGUUUUGCGAUUUUUACGUGGAAGGUACGAAAUUCGGCUUCAAAAGCGGCGAUACCGUUAUGGAGGCCAGUCAUUCCGACACUUUGGUGAAAUGUCUGGAGAUAUCACUACGUAUCCUUGCGCCUAUCACACCCUAUUUAGCAGAUGAUUUAUAUACAAGACUUGCCAAGAAAGGUCUCCCAAGAUUCAAUCCGGUUUCUUCAUUGCUCGAGAUGGCCUAUCCUAUGCCAUAUGAGUCUGCGCAUCUAAGAGAUGUUACGUUAGAGAAAAAAAUGCGUGAACUUGUAAAUUUGAUAAACGUAAUCAGAAGCUGCAUGGCGAACGUGAGCAAGAAAUCAAAUCCGGAAGUUAAUAUCUUGGUCAACAACUUGUGCGAUUAUAAUUUUUAUCAAGAAAAUGUGAAUAUGAUCAAAGGAGUUAGUAGAAUCUGGAAUGUGCCCAUUCACUUGGUGGAAUCAAUGAAUGACAGCAAUUUUAAUAAGGUAACGACAGUGACAGGCAGUGACAAUAAUUCUAAUAGCGGCGUUUAUACCAUCCGAUAUAGAUAUACAGAUGAUUGUUUGUUGCUCUUUGCAGUUACAGAUGCUUCGGUGUUGAAACAAGUUAGAACAAACAUUGCAAGAAAGGAAAAAUGAAAAAAGAAAAUCUGUGUUAGAUACAUAUACGUGAUUUGUAGCUUUCAUACAUGUCUCAUCGAUGGACAUAAUUGCAUUUAAUAACGCAGUAAUGUAAUUACCAAUAAAAUUGUUUU